AUGGCAGGUCCUGUUGGAGAUGUCCGCACGAUGUCUCCACAGGAGACCGCGCAAUGGUGUAACUCCUUAGCACUCUGUGGGGUCAAAGGCCGCAUUCUGCGCGAACUCCAGGAGCAGAUCCAGAAGAGGCAGAUUGAUGGCCUGCUUUUUGACAGGAUGCUCAGGAGCAACACCCUCACGGACCUGGGGAUUGAGGAGCUCAAUGCGCGUCGCGCGCUGGCCAUCCGGAGAAGUUGGACGACGGAUUUCAACGGCGUGAACUUCAUCGACUAUGCUGCCAGCCAGGCUCACUUCCAAAGCCGCCUUCCCGACGACGAAGUCCGAAGACAGAAGCGCGACUUCCUGAGCCAGAUGCAUGUGGACACAGCAAUAGAUCCAGAGUUUUCCCGAGGCCAAGGGCCACAGAGCUGGCCCUCUUCCAAGGGUCAGAGGGAAGCGCCGAACUGGUCUCCGUCAAUGGGCCGCGGAGGUCGGCCACCCAUGCGGGCGGAGCCCAUGCCGAUGGAGCGUGGCAUGGUGCAUGGCGGACGAGACCCGAGGUUCGAGGAUCCGUAUCCUCCGAUGGAACCUCGGGUGCCGCAAGCCUUUCAGGGAGAACGCGGCUAUGACAUCGACCCGUACGAACGCGGACCUCCGAUGGCCGUUGACCGGCGUGGCGACCGCGGCAUGCGGGGACGAGAUGACUUCGACAUGCGCAUGGCAAUGGGACGAGGCUCACCGUCCAUGCAGAUGCCACCGUCCCCGAAUGCAAGAGACCCGUACGGCGGGGGCUACCCGGAUCCCGGCUACUCGGAUCCAGGCUACGAUGAUCCAUACGACCGACAGUCGCUGCACCUCGAUCGCGACCCAGGACGCUCCUAUGGCGGAUAUCCAGAUCGAGGUGUUCCCUACACCCCAGAGGAGGACAGAUAUGACCGCCGCCCCUCGCGGAGAAGUCCAG